CUUACACAUCCAUGGCAGAUGUGGUAACCAUAGUGAUACUAGUAUUUGUGAAUGCUGCAGAGAACUCUUUUACAUACUGGUGGAGAUGGCUAUGAAUAUCAUCAGCUGGACUGAACUCACUCUGUCUGGAAUCAAUGGCGGCAAAGGCCAAGCAAAUGAUGCAGUUGGUGUUGUCUUCUUCAUUUACUCUUCCUAUAUCUUCACGAUUAGCAGCGGUAUCAGCUGUUCGUGUCCUUUAUAACCAUUAUCCUACAAAAUCGCUUGCAAUCGUGAGAUCUGUUUGUAGAAGCAUCUCUACCGAUACAAAUAAGAAGAAGACGAAGAAGCAGCAGCAGCAGCUGAAGAAGAAAGAAAAGGGCUUAGCGAAAGAAAAGCGAAGAACCCGUUCACUCAGGGAUGGUGAUAUUGAGAUUGAGAAUGUGGAGGAGGAUGAUUCUUCUACUUCAGCCAUGAUGCAGCAGUCCCAGUCCCACAUCCCCGUUAUGUUGAGUGAAGUACUUGAUGUCUUCUCUUCAAAUUCAAAGCCACUCUGCUCUUUUGUCGACUGUACUCUUGGAGCUGCUGGUCAUGCUUCCGCGAUAAUCCAGUCCCACCCUCAACUCAAGCUUUUCAUUGGAAUGGAUGUGGAUCCUGUUGCACUCCAGAUGGCUCGUUCUCGCAUCCAUGCUCUUUCCCAUUCUCACCCUCAUCCUCACUUCCAAGCCUUCACUUUUCUCAACAAUUUUAGGAACAUCAAAUCCCUUCUCAGGCAGGUUGACCACCCCGACCUCUUCUCUUCCGGAGUCGACGGCAUCUUAAUGGAUUUAGGAAUGUCAUCCAUGCAGGUCAACGAUCCCGAGAGAGGCUUCAGUGUGCUUGCUAAUGGACCUCUUGAUAUGCGCAUGGAUCCUCAGUCUAGUCUGAAAGCAGAAGACAUAUUAAAUUGCUGGCCAGAUAGUGAAGUGGGAAGAAUCCUUCGGGAUUAUGGAGAAGAAAGCAAUUGGAGAUUGCUUCAAAAUAAGAUUCUUCAGGCUCGUCUUCAAGGUGGAUUGCAUUCUACUGGUGAAUUGGUUGAUGUUAUUCGGGGUGUGACUCCUGGGACAAGAGGAGGUAGGCAAGGUUGGGUAAAGACUGCAACAAGAGUGUUUCAAGCGCUCAGAAUUGCUGUCAAUGAUGAACUCAAGACACUGGAGGAUUCCCUGUACGAUUGCUUUGAUUGUCUUGCCCCUGGGGGUAGGCUUGCCGUCAUUUCUUUCCACAGUUUAGAAGACAGAAUUGUGAAACAAACAUUUCUUAAAAUCAUCGAUUGCAGCAAGGAAAGUGGAGAUGGUAGUGUAGAAGAGAGGGAUAUAGGGGAUUUGCGAAAGAUCAAAGGUGACAAUAAUAAAAAGGAAUUAUGGAUUAGACAGACGAUACAAGGUCGGAAUGGAACAAUACUGACCAAGAGGCCAAUUACACCAUCUGAAAAGGAAGAAGGAUUCAACCGUCGGUCUAGAAGUGCUAAGCUAAGGGUAAUUCAGAAGGUCUGUUCAUAGGUAA